UGAAGAGCAAAUCUGUUCAGAUCCUUGGACCUAAAAAGAAGAUAAGAUCGAGGGAUUUCAUCAUGACUUCCUUCGCAACUCUCAUCCUCGUCCUCUCUCUGACUUCAAGUGCUGUCUUCUCCAAUGCUUCGGGUGAAAGAAACAGCACAACAGGGGAGGACGAUGACAACGAACUGGAUAGCUCAGAGCGCGAGACUGAGGCCCCACAGGGUGCCUCCGACCUCAUCGAGGCUGCGAACACCGGACUGGAGCGCUUGAGGAGCGGGCCGCAGAUCAAAUUCGGAGACAUCGCCCAGCCGUCUACGUCCACUCGGAACGCCGAUCCCUGCACGGCCAGGGGCUGCACCUGGCCAAGGAGCUACAGAGGCUAUGUCUAUGUGCCUAUUUACAUCUCCCCAAAAUACAGCAGGGCCGAGCGAAAUGUCAUCAUUCAGAGCCUGGUGGAGUUUCACCGAGUCUCCUGUAUUCGCUUCGUCUGGAGGCGGAGGCAACGGGACUAUCUCUACUUCUGUCCUUUCACCGGGUGCUGGUCCUAUAUAGGCCGCCAGCGAGGACGUCAAGUUAUCUCCCUCCAGCAGCGUGGGUGUGUUUCCCGCGGCAUCGUCCAGCAUGAGAUCCUGCACGCCCUGGGCUUCAACCACGAGCAGUCGCGCUCCGACAGAGACAAACACGUCAGAAUCCAGGCCAACAACGUCCUUCCAGGAAAACUGCACAACUUCGAUAAGGUGAACACCAACAACCUGGGCACUCCGUACGACUACAGCUCCAUCAUGCACUACAGCAGAUUUACGUUCUCCAAGCGGCGCGGAGUUCUGCCCACCAUCGUCCCCAUCCCUGACUCCACGGCAGUCAUCGGACAAGCCACCAAGAUGAGUGGCAACGACAUCAAACGACUGAAUAAACUCUACCGGUGCCGUGGCUACUGAGCUGAAGACAGGAUUCAAUGCUCUGAUGGACGACACAUUCGCUGGCACCCUCUCCUUUACGUUUAAAAUCGAAUGGGAUCAACACUUUGGUCUUUCCUCCCUUCUGUUAUUCCCUUUACUAAAUCCAGCGCAUAUGGAUCCCACCCAGCUAUACCUAAUUGUCCUUGGAAGACUUCCAUCUUGUAUUUUAACGGGAAAUGAUUUGUUUUUCUGGCCUUUCUAUGACAAACUGUUUUUAAAUGGGCUUGCUUAGUUUGUAAUGACUUCUUAGGGAUGACCUUGAGGUAACCCCCCUACCCCCCUUUACUGUCUUAAUACAUCAUUAAUAAAUGCUGUUUAAAAAAGAAAAAACCUGGCUUGCA